ACAAGGAGGGAAACCUGGCAGAAAAGCUUAACAGCCACGUGAAAGAACACGGGCCUUUCGACAUGAUUCUCGACUGUGCAGAUGCCUUUGAAGUCUGGAAGACGGCAGGGAAAACGCUUAACAAGGAAGGCUCCUACGUCAAUGUGGGAGCUGAUCUGACACAAGGCGUCCUCCCCGUUCUUCGCCGCAUGAUUUCCUACUACUUUCGGCCAUCAUGGCUGGGAGGCGUCCCACGGUCUUACAAGCGCCCCGGUGAAAUCGCCAGCAAGAGGAACAUGGAUGAGCUUGCUGAGCUCGUCGAUCAGAAUGUCAUCACGCCGGUCGUCGACUCUGAAUACAGCUUCGAGGACACCGUUGCGGCCUAUGACCGCGUAAUGAGCAACCGAGCGAUGGGCAAGGUGAUUGUCCGCGUUCGAUAGACAUCCGUGAAACGUUGAAAUCUAGGAUUUGCCCAGCGCAUGCCAGCCCACGACAGACCAUCCAAUGAGCGCCAUAGACUUGGCAGUGAUGACCAAGAUCUCCUGUGCCAAUUUCAAACGACCAUUUGGGAGCGUAU